AAAGUCAACGACAAGAAGAUGAACAAUGAGAUAGAAGAGGAGGGACAAGAAGAUGGAAGGAGAGGAGGGCUGGAGACGGUGAGAGAGAUUCAGUUUGAAGGGAGCAACAGUGGAACAGUGUCCAUGAACGGCGAGGACAACGUGUAUGUUGGAGUUGGUAAAGGAGACUCUAGCAUGGAGGCAUUACGUUGGGCUCUUGACAAUCUCAUCACUUCUACUUCUACUCUUCUUUACCUCAUCCAUGUCUUCCCUGAGACUCGCUCCAUCCCUUAUCCUUUGGGGAGGCUGACGAGGGAGCAAGCGAGUCAAGAACAACUUGAAACCUUUAUGUCUCAGGAAAGAGAGAAGAGAAGAACUCUGUUGAACAAGUUCAUUCAUGCCUGCUCUGCUUCUAAGGUGAAGGUGGAGACAAUACUGGUGGAGAGUGACUCGGUGGCAAAGGCUUUACAAGACCUCAUCACUAUUCUUCACAUUAAAAAGCUCGUUCUUGGGAUCGACAAGUCUAAUGCAAGGAAAGCAAAUUCGACAAGAGGAAACAGUGUUCCUGAACUGAUAAUGAGGAGCACUGCAGCAGAACUGUGCGAGGUUAAGGUGAUAUGCCAAGGAAAAGAGAUAAAGAUGGAGGAGACAGUGAUGGAGAGAGUCCCCUCCAAGUCCCCAAAAGUGCAGGAGAGAACUCCCUCCAAGUCUCCAAAACAGCAGCGGCUGAAGAAAGAUCAAUCCAAUGACCCUUUUGCUUGCAUUUGCUUUUUUAGUAAGCCCAAAACUAACAGUUAAUGGAAUGAGAGACAAUGGAAGAUUAUAUAUUUGUGAUGUUUUGAGUUU